AUGUCCAUCCAGACAACAGAUGCUACUGAAGGUUCUGAUUCUUUGAAAUCUCUUUCUUUGAUCGCCUCCCAUUCUCAUAUCACCGGUUUAGGAUUAGAUGAACAAUUACAGCCUCGUCCAACUUCUGAAGGUAUGGUUGGCCAAUUGCAAGCUCGUCGUGCCGCAGGUGUUAUUUUGAAAAUGGUUCAAAAUGGUACCAUCGCAGGUAGGGCAAUUUUAGUUGCAGGUCCUCCAUCUACUGGUAAAACUGCACUAGCGAUGGGUUUAUCACAAUCUUUAGGUAAAGAUGUCCCAUUCACAGCAAUUGCUGGUUCUGAGAUUUUCUCAUUAGAAUUAAGUAAGACAGAAGCAUUAACUCAAGCAUUCAGAAAAUCCAUUGGGAUUAAAAUCAAGGAAGAAGCUGAACUAAUUGAAGGUGAAGUUGUUGAAAUUCAAAUCGAUAGAUCAAUUACUGGUGGCCACAAGCAAGGGAAAUUAACUAUCAAAACUACCGAUAUGGAAACCAUUUAUGAAUUAGGUAAUAAAAUGAUUGAUGGUUUGACUAAAGAAAAAGUUCUAGCUGGGGAUGUUAUAUCUAUUGAUAAAGCCAGUGGCAAAAUUACAAAACUAGGUAGAUCUUUCUCUAGAUCGAGAGAUUAUGAUGCAAUGGGAGCAGAAACAAGAUUCGUUCAAUGUCCGGAAGGGGAAUUACAAAAAAGAAAAACUGUUGUUCACACAGUUUCCUUACAUGAAAUAGAUGUCAUCAAUUCAAGAACACAGGGUUUCUUAGCUUUAUUUACUGGUGAUACUGGUGAAAUUAGAUCAGAAGUUAGAGAUCAAAUCAAUACAAAAGUUGCAGAAUGGAAGGAAGAAGGUAAAGCAGAGAUUGUUCCUGGUGUUUUAUUCAUUGAUGAAGUUCAUAUGUUAGAUAUUGAAUGUUUUUCAUUUAUUAAUAGAGCACUUGAAGAUGAAUUUGCACCUAUUAUAAUGAUGGCUACCAACAGAGGUAUUUCAAAGACAAGGGGCACUAAUUACAAAUCUCCACAUGGGUUACCAUUGGAUUUAUUAGAUAGGUCCAUUAUUAUUACCACAUCUGAAUAUAAUGAACAAGAAAUCAAGACAAUUUUGUCAAUUAGAGCACAGGAAGAAGAAGUUGAACUAUCAUCAGAUGCUUUAGAUCUUUUAACGAAGACUGGUGUAGAAACAAGUUUACGUUAUAGUAGUAAUUUGAUUUCUGUUGCACAACAGAUUGCAUUAAAAAGAAAGAGUAAUACUGUCGAUGUAAUUGAUAUUAAGAGAGCAUACCUUUUAUUCUUAGAUAGUGCAAGAUCAGUAAAAUAUGUUCAAGAUAAUGAAUCUAAUUAUAUUGAUGAUAAAGGUAAAGUGGACAUUAGAGUCAAUAAGACAGUUAAUGAGGAUGCAAUGGAUACAACAGAAUAA